AUGUCCAACAGUAAUGAUACCUCUCAGCUCCCAGGCCGUCCCCAGAUGCCGACGCUCAAAAGCAAAGGCUUCCAACUUCACGGACAAGACUUCACUGUUGGCGGCAUCGCUCGGGUUGGCGGUGCUCGUCUCCAGGAGCUGUUGAACCCUUCGGCUCUCCGGCUCAAGCGGGAGCAGAAGCAUGCCGCAGAAGAAGCCCAUCGCCUGUUCAGCAAGGCCUUCUUUGCCGCCCAGUUGAAGCACUAUGACAUCCCGUUCCGCUCGUCACAUAAACGUGAUGAACUGCUAUCCUUGCUCAAGAAUGCAGUCAGUCAGGGCAAAUGCAACCACGUACCUCAAUCAGUAUUGGAUAUAGCAGCUGCAAUGAAAACCGACUACGCACCACUGUAUCAGAAAUGGCAGGCCGAGUGUGCCGCUUGGGAUGCAGCCAAGAAGCAAAGGGACGACGAGGCCUUUGCAAAGUGCAAGACGCCUGGCGAAAGGGCGAACUGUGACCUUGACCGCUUUAUGGACAUGUACUUCCUAACGGAUGGCAAGCCCGACAAAUCCAAGACCCCGAAGCCGCUCGUCCUGAGCGGCUUCCAGGACAGAUGGAGCUUGCACAGCAGGGCCGAACGAGUCCCUGGCCUCGAAACCUGCAGUGGCGGUCCGCCGUCCAACCGCGAGCUCUGCAUAGGCUGGGACCGUUCCGAGGUGUUUGCGCUGGCAAGCCGCGUAUCAGAGCGCGCCUACGAAGCCGAGAAAGCCAAGCAAAAGGCGGAAUGGGAGCAGCAGAUGGCGCGCCACAGGAGAUACAUUGCUCGAGGACUUGGGACGGGCAGCGGAGGUAGCAGACAGCCUGACACAUUUGAUAUGGCGCGUUGCCUGGGUUCCUACAUAAUUCAAUGCGACGAGAUUGCGGAUCAGUGGCCCGAUGUUGUCCGCGGGCACACUCUCACAAUGGACAUCUCCAAAGGCAGGGGAAACACGCUGCUUGCGGCGUACGACUUUGGCAUCAUCGAGGGAACAAUGAUUCUUAGCUUGUCAGAGGAUACCCUCAAGGCCAUAGUGGGCGGAAACACCUCGGAGUCUGAGGCUUCUCGAAGUGAUGACUUUUACUCUUCGGAAGACGAUGGAGAUGGCGACGAGGAAGGCAUCCAUACGCAACAGCCUGAUGGAGGAAUCAAGCGCAAAGCCGGUCAAUCCUCCUCACUGGCGCGAGCUACAGCAUCGGCCGCCGCCGUCCGCCAUCCCGUGACUGCAAAGAGACGCAAGACUGGCGCCGUGCCAUCUCUCACCCGGCGCGUAUACCUCCGGCUUCGUGGCCGCGAAACCGGCGAAGGCGAAAUCAUUCCGGAUCCUGAUUCGGGCCACAUUGACUUUCUGAGCAAUAGCUGCGCGACGUUUGCGGGCCUGGUGUACCAUCUCACGUUUGUGGCCAAGAACGUCGAGUUCCGUGGCUACAAGGUGUCGGAUACGCCGCGGGUGAAGCCUGAGGCCUGGGAAGACUUUUCAUACGAGGCGUAUGAGCACGCGAGGGUAGGACGUUGGUAUUGA